AUGAAGGCUGUACAGCACAACAAUCAUUCGCUUAACAACCUUACACUCGCAAAUUACUCGAUCGUGCAUUAUGCAGCCUUGCAGGGCGAUGUUGAGACCAUGCAGAUACUCGAGCAAGCAUGCGUAGAAGGCCUGCGAAUGGACGACGAGGAGCUGGAAUGGGUCUGGGGGUCUUUUGAUCAACGCGAUCAGUAUCUCUUUCCACAAUAUCGAGCACCCCUAGAGGUCGAAGAAGCCGCUUUACAGGCUCUCAUCGAUAGCGUUAUACCCACAGAAUAUGCCACGUCUGAGGAUGACGACUGUGAACUUUCUGAUGCUAUUUAUAUGCCGGGGGCGUUUCCAAUCGAUCUAGACGACACCAAUUGCGACAGUCAGGUCUCGGAGGCCCUCAAACAGGAUGAUAACUACGGAGAAGAAGAAGUGAGAGAUAGCGACGAUGAAUCGGGGGUUACCCCCUACGAGAACCAUCCAAGCGGUGAAGAGCGUUUGGAAGCUGUAAGCGAUGAUGGGGACGACACAUGA